GGGAUAAAGAGACAGAGAGCAAGGAUGGCACGGAACCAUUGCUUGCCAUCCAAAUUCUGCUCUAUCCAUAUGCAGAGUUUCAGAAGAAGAUGGCCUCAAAAGGAAAUCAGAAAAUGCUGGCAGAUCCUCAGACGCCUAUAUAAUUAAUUAAAUAUAGACACAAGUUGUGAAAAAGAAUGGCAAGCUUUCUGCAGUUCUUAGGUCAACAAGGUGUUUACUUUGUUUGGAAUCCCAUUUUCUUAUCUCUUCCUCCCUUGUUCUUGGCACUCUUCCUGCUCAAAUGUUUCUCCACUCCCUCAACCACCCGAUGCAAAAAACUUCCCCCUUCACCUCCAAAGCUCCCAGUCUUCGGAAACCUCCACCAAUUGGGCUUGCAGCCCCACCGCUCGCUCCGGUCCUUAGCCCAACGACAUGGCCCGUUCAUGCUGCUCCACUUUGGCUGUGUCCCCGUGCUUGUCGCCUCGUCUGCUGACGCUGCCCGUGAAAUCAUGAAGACCCAUGACCUCAUCUUCUCAAACAGACCCAAACUAAGCAUGAACGGGAAACUGCUCUACAACUUCAGGGACAUAGCCACUGCUCCUUACGGCGAAUACUGGAGGCAGAUGAGAAGCAUAUGCGUUCUCCAGCUGCUCAGCAACAGAAGGGUUGAGUCCUUAGGCACUGUGAGGCAUGACGAAAUGGUUCUUCUUGUUGAGAAGAUUGAACUGGCGACGGAGUCUUGCGGGUGGGUAAAUUUGGGCCAAAUGCUAAUGGGGAUGACAAAUGAUGUCGUGUGCAGGGUGGCACUGGGGAGAAAAUAUGGUGAAGGGGACGGUAGUAUGAGGUUUAAGGAGACGUUGGAUCAGUUUCAGGAGCUCUUGGGGGGUUUUUACAUAGGGGAUUUUAUACCAUGGCUUGGUUGGGUGAAUAGAGUGAAUGGAGUGGAUGGGAAAGCAGAGAUGGUUUUUAGGGAGUUGGACAGUUUCCUAGAUGAAGUAGUUGAAGGGCACAGCAGAAAAAGAGAGGGUGGUAAGGUCGAGGGUGAUGAAGAAAAGGACUUUGUAGACGUUUUGCUUGAGAUCCAAAAGGACAACUCGGCUGGUUUUUCUAUGGAUAGAGAGUGCAUCAAAGCGCUCAUCUUGGAUAUGUUUGCUGCAGGGACUGAUACCACUUACACGGUGCUAGAAUGGGCCAUGACGGAGCUCCUGAGGCACCCUGCAGCCAUGAAGGAACUGCAGAAUGAGGUAAGAGGAAUCAGCUCCAGUACUAAACCACACAUAGCAGAAAAAGAUCUGGGGAAAAUGCAUUACUUAAAAGCAGUGAUCAAAGAGACACUCCGUUUACAUCCUCCUGUUCCAUUACUGGUUCCACGAGAAUCCACCCAAGCUGUUCGAAUCAAUGGCUACGACAUUGCAGCUGGGACCAUGACCAUUAUCAAUGCCUGGGCAAUUGGAAGAGACCCCGCCUUUUGGGAUGAGCCCGAGGAGUUCCGGCCGGAGAGGUUCUUGAACAGUUCAAUGGAUUUUAGAGGACAAGACUUCCAACUGAUUCCAUUCGGAGCAGGGAGGAGGGGUUGUCCGGGGACUUCCUUUGCCAUGGCCACCAAUGAGAUUGUGUUGGCAAAUAUUGUCUGCCUGUUUGAUUGGGCAUUGCCUGGUGGAGCAAGAGGGGAGGAUUUGGACAUGACUGAGAAUUCUGGUAUUACUGUCCAUAGAAAGGUUCCUCUUCUUGCUGUUGCCACUCCUCAUUCUCGCUAGUGCGAGAUCUCAGGAAGCCUUUUGAUUGAUGUCUUGAGUUUAUGUAUGGGUAUGUGCACCAGAUGAUCAAAAGCUGAGAAAUGUUGUCAUCUCCUGUUGUAUUGUUGAAGAUUUGUAAACAAUUUUAAAAUUUUAGUUUGGACUCAUGUAUACUUGAGCUUGCUUUGGGUUA